AUGAUGAACUCCAAUAUGUUGUCGCGGAUUCUCCCCUCGACCGGCUCCCCUUCGAUAUACGAAGCUAUCAGACACGACGACGAAGCUUCCGAUUCCGAUGCCGAAGAACGCGCUGCUAUGGCUCUUGAUGAAGAGAACCUCCACGAUUCUCUCCACGAUUAUAACCCGGACGAUGUUGCCGACAGUCAGGUUACAACACAAAGCACUGCUUUCUUGGGACAAAGACGUCCAAACAAGUCACGCUUAGGAUGGACGGGGCCGGGGGCGGGCCCAUCGCGGCCACGUUGGAUGCAGGCUUCGCGACGAAUUGGAGUCGAUGAGGGAGACGAUGACGUUCCUGCCUCUCUGCUAAUAGAAGGGCAAGACUUGGAGGAUAUGCCCAACCCUCCUGCACCUCCCCACCAGAUUGACGAUGAGCGCGAUUCUUUCCCUGGCGACGGCCCAUCAUCUGGCAUCUCGCCGAAUCGCUGGGAAGCAAGACGGGACAAUAAUUCCUUCUUACCACCGCCUAUUAUUUCGGGAGCACGACGCCUAGGUGGGAUCUCGGGCAUGGUAUCUGCAAGCUCGAAGGAUAAAGCCAUGUGGAGGUGGGCAAAUGUUGAAAAUUUGGACAAUUUUCUUAAAGAGGUGUACAUCUACUACCUUGGAAACGGCAUCAGUUCUAUCCUACUAAGCCGAGCACUCAAUUUACUGACUCUCGCAUUCGUGGUCGGCUUCACAACUUUCUUGUCAAGUUGCGUGAACUAUAGCAACGUCCGAAAUAGCAAAGCUUUGGAUGAGAUCUUGGUGCCGAAAUGCAUGACCAAGAUUUCCGCAUCAACAACGCUGUUUCUAUGGCUUUUUACCUUUUUCUGGAUCGGCAAGCUCAUUGAAUUUAUUUUAGACGUUCGGAGGCUACGGCACAUGCAUGAUUUUUACCUUUAUUUGCUAAAAAUUUCCGAUCCAGAGAUACAGACAAUAUCGUGGCAAGAAGUCGUUAGUCGAUUAAUGGCUUUGAGAGACUCCAACCCAUCCACGGCCGCGGGCAUUUCUGCCCGACAUCGCAAAUUCAUGGGUAGUCAGUCUAAGCAACGCAUGGAUGCACAUGAUAUCGCCAAUCGACUUAUGCGAAAAGAGAAUUAUUUAAUAGCUCUAUUCAACAAAGAAGUUCUGGAUCUCACUCUGCCUGUCCCAUUCCUGCGGAAUCGGCAGCUUUUUUCCCGCACUCUUGAAUGGAAUCUGAAUAUGUGCAUUAUGGACUAUGUUUUCAAUGAGCAGGGCCAGGUACGACCGCUCUUCCUCAGAGACACACACCGAAGGGCUCUGAGCGAAGGCUUGCGAAGGCGGUUUAUAUUCGCCGGCAUUAUGAAUGUUUUGGUCGCUCCCUUCAUCGUCAUCUACUCCAUGAUGCAUUAUUUUUUCAGAUAUUUCAACGAAUAUCAAAAAAACCCCUCACAGAUCGGAUCGCGACAGUAUACACCCCUUGCCGAGUGGAAAUUUCGUGAAUUUAACGAAUUGUGGCAUCUUUUUCAGCGCCGAAUCAACAUGUCUUAUCCUUUCGCGAGCCGAUACCUUGACCAGUUCCCGAAAGAUAAAACCGUGCAAGUGUCACGUUUCGUGGCAUUCAUUACCGGAGCGCUUGCAUCGGUUCUGGCAUUGGCAUCUCUCUUGGACCCAGAACUCUUCUUAGGAUUUGAGAUUACCCCAGAUCGAACUGUUCUCUUCUAUCUUGGGAUAUUCGGUAGCGUUUGGGCAGUUGCCCGCGGAUUGGUGCCAGAGGAAACAGAUGUUUUCGACCCCGAGUUCGCCCUCGUCGAGGUGACAGACUUUAUCCACUACCGGCCUGGACACUGGACAGGGCGACUGCAUAGUGACGAAGUGAGACAAGAAUUCGCUAUGUUGUACCAGAUGAAAAUCGUCAUAUUCCUCGAGGAAAUUCUUAGCAUACUUUUCACUCCAUUUGUCCUCUGGUUUAGUCUCCCAAAGUGCAGUGAUCGCUUGAUUGAUUUCUUCCGUGAGUUUACCGUUCACGUGGACGGACUAGGCUACGUAUGCUCGUUUGCUGUCUUUGAUUUCAAAAAAGGAACCAACGCGGGCCCUGGCAAUGGCACCGCCCGGCAAAACCGUCCAGCAAAAGACCUACGAGACGACUACUUUUCAACCAAAGACGGGAAAAUGCUGGCUUCCUACUAUGGGUUCUUGGACAGCUACGGAGCAAAUCCUCGUGCUGGUGGUGGCCCCGGAGCGCGGCGACGAUUCCACCCACCUCCAUCUUUCCCUGCACUGGGUUCGACACCCGAAGUUGAUGCGACUCCUCGCGUAGAUCGUACUGAGUUGACACCGCAUGUCCGACAAGCGCCGAUGAUGGGAGCUCAUUCUACGAUGCGGGCGUCACGAUUUGGAGGUCCUCCAGCACCUGGCUCACCUCUCCACUCGAUGCUUCUUGACCCUCAUCACCAGCCAUCUGCAUCCGGGAUCCGUGCUACGAACCGAAAUGGACCUCAGGGCCGUUUCCAUAAACCUCUUCCAGCUCCUACUGGAACUGAUGCAAUGGAAGGAGUCAAAGAGUCGUUCACCGCCCAAAGCCCUCAAAAGGAUCUUAUAGGCCAGUCUGGUCGAGCAGGCGACGAUUCCACCGGGGCUGUUGCGACGAGUGACAACAACCUGGAGGGAUCCUGGCGCAUAAAUCUCGCGGGCGAGGCGGAUGACAGUGACAGUGUAGAGGAAGGCGAGGAAGUGGAGGCGGUAGUCAAGGGGCCUGGUGGCGUUCUUGGCCUGAUCCAGCAGUUCCAGAAGGCCAACAAUGAAGGCAGAGGAGGCGGGGCCGCGGUUGGCAUCUAA